UGAUAUAUUGGCGCGAAUAUCCGACGAAUGUUGCUAGAUGGUUGUGUGAGCUGACUUUCAUGUUGUAUAGUUGCCGAGCUGGAGACCUCAAGGACUGAACUGUCAUCGGCCAACACUAAACUCACAGAGAGCUUGCACGAACUUAAGGGUGAAUUACUGACGGCGAAUCACGAACUCAAUGGCGCGAAGAGGAGUCACUCAUUCGACAUGGAUGAUUUACGGCGGAGAACAGAGCGUGAGGUUGAAGCUCUGAAUGAGAAAUUCCAACGAGAGCUGCGGCUUGAGAAGGAACGCACCGAGAAAGUUGCAGAAAAGGUGACGAAAGAUUUCGAGGAGCAGCUUGAGCAUAUGGAGAAAGCGCACAAAGAGCUUUUGCAUGACCAGGAACGCCAAAUCCGCGGCGAACUCGAAGAGGAAAGAAAUAAACGGAGCAGAGAAAUCCAGGAGCUUGCUGCGCAAAGCACACUGCGACUGCAAGAAACCAGCCAAGAUCUUGAACGAAAAGCCAGGGAAGCAGACGAUGUCCGCAGAGAGCGAGAUGAGACUGCUGCGGCCCUCCAGCGAGAGAAGAGUCUCCGAACAAGCCUUGAAGACAAAUUGACAGAAGCAUCUGCCAAUAAUAUGACAUUGGAGACAGCGAACCGGGCAAUGAAGGCAAAGAUUGACUUUUUAGAAUCUGACAAUCAGGCCCAGUCGAACUCCUUCGCAGACUUGCACCGACUGAAACAAGAAGCCGAGGAAGCCAUGAAUGUAGCUCUUGAAAAGCUACGAACCGAGGAAACCUUACGUCGGAAGCUCCAUAACCAAGUCCAAGAGUUGAAAGGGAACAUUCGUGUAAUGUGUCGAGUACGGCCAGCUUCAGAUUCGGAAGCCGAAGAUGCUGCUAAGAUCGCAUUCCCCGAUGCCGAGCUGGACUGUAAGGAGGUCACAGUGCAAGGACCGGAAAAGACCAGCGCUCUCGGAGUUGUGACCACGUCCAAUAAUGCAUUCUCCUUCGAUCGAGUCUUUGCACCUGCGUCGCAUAACGCUGAGAUAUUCGAAGAGAUCAGUCAGCUGGUUCAGAGUGCCUUGGACGGAUACAACGUAUGCAUCUUUUGUUACGGCCAAACAGGAUCCGGAAAGACGUUCACCAUGUCCAGUGUCGACGGUAUGAUCCCACGCGCAACGGCACAGAUAUACUCUGAGGCUCAGCGACUGGCUGAGAAGGGCUGGACAUACAAGAUGGAAGGCUCAUUCGUCGAAGUCUACAACGAAAACUUGAACGACCUUCUUGGCAAGGCCGAAGAACUCGACAAGAAGAAGCUUGAAAUACGGCACGAUCUUCAGAAGAAGACAACGACCAUCACAGACAUCACAACCGUAGAGCUUGAUUCUGCGGACAGAGUCGAAGAGAUAAUGCAACGUGCAGCUGCAAACCGCACUGUAGCAGCCACCAAAGCGAACAGUCGAUCUUCGCGUAGUCAUUCUGUCUUCAUUCUGAAGCUCAUCGGAGAGAACAGUAUGACAGGUGAGAGAUCCGAGGGAACGCUCAACCUCGUGGAUCUUGCGGGUAGCGAACGACUUGCACACUCACAGGCCGCCGGGGACCGACUCAAGGAAACGCAAAACAUCAACAAGAGCUUGAGUUGUCUCGGAGAUGUCAUUGGUGCCCUAGGGCAGGGUAAAGAGGGCACGCAUAUUCCAUACCGGAACAGCAAACUGACGUACCUUUUGCAAAACUCUCUUGGCGGGAAUUCCAAGACUCUUAUGUUUGUAAUGAUAUCGCCGCUUCAGGCCCAUUUGUCUGAGACGCUCACGAGUCUGAAGUUUGCCACCAAGGUACACAAUACGCACAUUGGUACAGCAAAGAAACAGUCCAAAGUAAAGGAAUGAUGACGACAUCUUGCAAAGCGAUGCAGUGCGCCCUUUGGCUACCUUUUGUUUUUAAAGUGUACCUGAUAGCUAUGUCUUUGCGUUGCGUGCAAAGUCCAAUCCGUUGUUUUUUCCGAGUCACGUUGCAUAGAGGCGUUUUGGGGCCAGUGAAUUGGCAUGGAGUAUGACUGUUGUCUGAUAUUGCAUACAUGAGAGUUCAACUCUCCAAUUUAGCGCAUACUGCGCGUGAAUCUACUCUUUGUCAUAAAAUGCCUG